AUGGUAAUUGCAAGAAUUGGUGCCUUAUCUGGUCAAUUCUCCUCAAGUGAACGACUCCUAAGAAUCACGGUUUCACAGAAUGCGGGAUCGGCGGCGGUGCUGCAGCGGCGCUUCCACCUGCUCCUCUGCUACAACAAGGGCUCCUCCGAGGACUCCGGAUGGCUGGUUGCUGGGCAGAUUAAAGAGUCUCUCGGAAGAGUCCUGCAGGACUACCCCUUGCUCGCCGGCAGGCUGCGCUGGUGCGACGCUGAUUUGGAGAUCGUGUGCACUGAUUCCGGCACUCGAAUGGUGGAGACCAAGGCGGAGAUGGCAUUGGAUGGUUUCGUCAAAAUGGAGGACAAGAGAGAGGAUGAAGCUGAGCUCGUUUUCUGGGAGGAUGUUCUUCAACAUACCCCUCAAUUCAGAAAAUGCCCUUGGGCUAUUAUUUUUAACAAAAAUCUGAAAAUUUGUUUAACCUAUAAGAUUAAAUUGGAGUAA